CCAACUCCAGGUCUGGUUCUGUAUCCACUGAGCCAGUGAGCUGGCCCUUACAAUUUUCAAAAUUGUUUCCAGAUUACUAAAUUGUAAGUUCCAUGAGGUAGCAGUCUGAUCUGAAUUUUAUGCAUCUCCUAGCACAAUGUUCUACACACAGUAGGUGCUUAUAAAUAUUUAAAUUAAUGAGUUAAUAAUAACAAUAGCUGAUGAUGGAUCAAGAUGAAGGAAGUCUUGUUUCUUAGAAACUUGGUUUAUUAAUGAUCACGUGGAAACACUACUAAUAUCUUUUUUGUUUCUCCUCUUCCAGAAAUCACAGUUGGCCAAGGCAGGUAACAUGCCAAUACCCUUUAAGAUUGCCAUGCCCCCUGGAGAGAAGCCAUGGAAGAGAUGAGGUAGCUGCUACCUGGGAAUGUUCUAGGAAAGCUGAUUUCAAUGGAUACAAAAUAUAAAGACGACUUAUUCAGGAAGUACGUGCAGUUUCACGAGUCCAAAGUGGAUGCCUCCAACGCUAAGCAACGACCUCUCAAUGAUGAGUACCUCCGGGUUGCAGCCUCGGCUGUACUCAGUCUGCAUAAGAUUGAGCCCUUUCAUAGAUUCCGGUUGAUCAAAUUUUAUGAGGUGGUUGAGAGCUCCCUUCGCUCACUGAGGUCCUCUAACUUGCGGACUCUGCACAGUGCAUUCAACAUGUUGGAGACAAUGGCAAUCAACCUCUUCCUUUACCCUUGGAAGAAGGAAUUCAAAAGUAUUAAAACCUACACGGGACCUUUUGUUUAUUAUGUGAAAUCAACAUUACUAGAAGAAGACAUCAGAGUCAUCUUGAAUUACAUGGGCUAUGUCCAGGAUCUUGGGAGUGCAUACAGGCUCAAAGAACUGAUAGAAAUUUUGCAGGUGAAAAUGGUCUCUUUUGAACUUUUUUUGGCCAAAGUAGAGUGUGAGCAGCUGCUCGAGAUACAUUCCCAGGUGAAGGACAAAGGUUACUCAGAGCUGGAUGUAGUGAAUGAGCGUAAGCACAGCAGUGAAGAUGUGAGGGGCUGCUCAGAUGCCAUGAAGAGGCGAGUAGAGUGUAAGGAGAACCUCACUGCUUCUAUGGCCCGGCUGGCCCUUCAGAAAUCAGCCAGUGAGAGGGCAGCUAAAGAUUACUUCAAGCCCAAAGUGAAUAAGCCUUCCAAGUCCAUGGACACUUAUGAUAGUUACUGGGAGAGUAAGAAGCCACCGCUGAUGACUUCACUUAGCCUCAGGAAGGAGCCUGUAUUGGUAGAUGUGGAAGAUGACAUCAAAGAUGAAAUUAUUCGCCCAUCUCCCUCUCUCUUGACUAUGUCCAGCUCCCCGCGUGGCUGCUCUGACGAAUUUGUGCCCCUCUCCUCCAAUCCCAAUGGCAUGUUACGAACCAUCCCCCCUUAUAACACCUAUUUUUCUCCUCAAGAUGACCUGGACCUUUACACAGAUCCAGAUUCCAGGGGUACAUAUAGGAGAUCAGAUUCUCUCAAGCCAGAUGUAUGGUUAUUCCGAAACGACUCCAACCCCUUUUACCAGAAGCGUACACAUCCCGCCAAAGAGAUCGCCUCUUCCAAGUGCCAAAGCUGUGGCGUAACAUGUGGCUCCUCGCUCUGCCAGCGGUGUGAAACUGUGUUCACAUGUCGGCAGGACUAUCCUGUCACCAAACAGAAUAGCUUCCCCAUAAAAUCAGGCCCCCAUGAUGGUUUAUCCCAUGGGGCCACGCUGAGGGAGAAGUCUCUGUACACGGCACAGACUCAGGGCCCUGACAGGGGAUCCCACCUCCACUCAAAAUCCAAGGCUGUGGCUGCAUCUCGCUGUGGCUUCUGUAACCGGUCGGGGGCCUCGAACACAUGUGCAAUCUGUUCAAAAGUCUCAUGCGAUACCUGCCUCACUGCUUACCACUACGACCCAUGCUGCAAAAAGAGUGAGCAACACAAGUUCAUGCCCAAUAGUCAGCUCAACUAUAAGUCAACCCCAUUCUCCCAUCUCGUGUAUAGAUAGACUCAAACUUGCAUAUUCUGCACAAAGGGCUAAAACUGUACUUUGACUUCCUUGGUGAAGUCUUACACUGACCUCGGAAGUGGAGCUCUGCUGACCUACGGGGAAUGACAUUUCACCCCUCAGUUGCUGACAUGUUUGUGGCCUCAUCCAGCCGAUACACACCUUGGGAUCCACAGUGCUGUCAGAUCUUUCCAGCAACAGAUGCUUUGUGAUUCGAUGAGGGGGAGAGGACUGGGUUUCCUUUCCAGUUUGGCACUUGGGCUUGCUAGUUCUCUUAAUGCACCUGUCACCCACCCUCACCCCUGCCCAGUUUUGGUUUUUAAAGGAGUUUGAUACCUAAGGUUUUGAAGUGACUCCCCAGCUGCCCCACUGAUGGGCUGCAGUGGGCUCAAGAGGGACAGUCACAGAGAUUCUUGGUUCCCAUUCCAGGGACUUCUGAGAGAUUUGUGAAAGAGCAUUCUCUCACAGCCUCCCCCCGGGGGGGGCUCUACUGCUGCCCCCAGAGGCUUAUCUCCAAGUGCUUCCUGAAAUAUCUACCCCAUCAUCACCUCCACAUAGAUAUUGUUUUCAGUAAUCACCAAGAUCCCUGAGGAGGCUCUCCUGAGCCCUGUCACAUUUGGUUCCCUAGGUUUUAAAGUUUGAACAGAAGACAGUCAUGCUUGAUUUUUGUAGUGCUGCCAAUAGCUUCCUCUAGUUUACUGUACAGUAUUAGUGGACUUGUUGACAUGACAUAUAAUGCAUUGCACCCAUCCAAAAGAGGCCUGGUUUUAAUUCCUUUCUGUUGCACACGUAUUGACUCUCUUUGUACUGUAAAUAGGUGAUUUGAAAAGUUUUAUUUUUUAAUAAAUAUAUUCAUUGUUGUGUGCUUGAAAGCGGUAAAAAUCAUUACGUGGCUAUUUAUAACUUCCCCCUGGGUUUUUUGAUUUGCUUUAAUCUUCGAGGGGCAGGGCUCUUGUGUUUGCCAUUUAUAGUUCUUAGCUUCCUAAACUUCCCUGGGUGAAGUUAGUAGUGGGAAGGAGCAUUGGAGACGGGCUCCUUUUUUGAGUCAGUAGAGAUAAACUAAGCUGUUGUCUUCCCUUCCUAAAAUAAACAAAUAAAUAAAUAUAUGUGUACAUAUAUAUACUAUGUACAUGUAGAUACCUACCUCCCAUUUGCACUCCUUGGGGGUUAGUGCAGACUUAGCAGUGAGGCUCAGCCCCUGUAGACUGUAGUACCCUCAUAAAUUUAGAGGCCACACUAAGGGCCUUAUCCUCAGGACUUCACUAUGCCCCAUGGUCUCUCUGGCACAAAAGUUGGACCUGACCCUCCUAAUUGUCCAGGUCUUGUUUCUGAAGGAAAUGUAACUUAAUUGUUCCCUUGACUUCUCCUGUACCUUUAUCCUCAAUUUGCAGAAUGUGAGACACAGUUUGAGAUAUCUUUGCACUAAAACUGGCCAGAAACUAACUGCUUAUUAGGUCUUUUUAUGUAUGCUAGGGCCUGCCCUAAAAACUCCUUCCAGCUGAAGAUACCUUUCACUCCUCCUGAUGACUCAUGCAGUAAAUGACCAACUCACCUUUCAAUUUUGUUUUGAGGUGAGGUGGGAAUGGAGGAAGAGUAAGAAAUUAUUCCAAAUAGCUUCUUUCUGAACAUGCAAAAUUAUUUUAGCCAUAAGUCUGUGUCAAAUGUAUAAACCUUUUGGGACUUCACCAAGUGUAUUUCUAAGAACAAAGCAAAAAAAAGUUUUUUUUUGUUGUGGUUUUUUUUUUUUUAAGGGGAAAGGGGGAGCAAAUCUGAAUUUGACUGGAUAUGGUGGUCCAAUGUUAAUUUGCUGACCAUCAAACUCAGUUGAAUGAUUUUUUUCCCCCAAUUGUCUCUGACUUUUUAAAAUCUCUGUGUAUAUAUGCAUAAAUAUGUACAUAUACAUAUAGAUGUAUAUGUAUCUGAUAGAUCAUGUGUAGAUACACUGUAAAUAAAAACUGGAUUUUAAAGAAUUUCACUACUGAGAUUAGCUACUUUAUUCUGGAGUGUCAUGCUUGUCCUACUUCUGAGGUCUCUAGUUCUCUUGUCCCCAUGUCCAGAUUGCCUACUGCAAAUUUCCUACCAAACUGUGAAGCCACAUUACUUAGAUGGAACUUUAGCCCAGAUGACUGCAUUAAAAAAAAGUCCUGUGUAUAGUACAUAUUGUCAUGGAAAUACUGUUGUUCAAAACUAUUGAAUUGCAAGUGCUCUGACCAUGCACUCUUUUGGUGUGUAUCUUAUUGUACCAGGUUGCUGUGAUUGAAACAGUAAAAGCAUAUCUGACUUUUAAAUGGAGGUGUUUUGCAUUUGAUUUCUACCAAGACAGGUGAACUGAAGAGGUGAUUUUAAAAAUAAAAUGUCUUCCACUGUUGUUAA